CUUUGGAAUUGUCAUUUUGGGCAUUACCUUGUCCAAAUCCCUUGGUUUCAAGUUUCAAGUUUCAAGUUUCAACACACUCCAUUUCUCAACUCUUAUUUUUCCUUAACAAAAUCACUCCUUUUUUAAAAAUCCAAUUACCCUUUUCUUCCCUUCCCCAACCCCAUAAGAUGCGCCUCCCAUUUUCUUCCAUCUUCAUCCUCCUCCCUCUUCAAUCCCCAACAUAAAAAUUCUUUUUUUUUGUUUUUUCAUUUUCCUUUUCUCAUGAACUCAACCUCUAUUUUCUCUACCUUUUUACUUAGAUUCAUUCUCUUUAGGAAAUGGAGUUUGGGUUGGUGGGUGUAGAAGGUUUGGUAGUGGGUCAAAAUGGGUCUUCUUGUUCAGAGCAACCACAAAUACUUGAAGGAAAACCCAAGUGUAAUAAUGGAUCUGGGUUAAUUAAACAAGAAAGAUCCGACCCAUUUAGUGAUGAAGAAAAUAGGACUUCAAAAAUGGUGAAAAGAGCUGAAGAUUUUGGUUUCAGAUCUGAUAAUGACCUCCCUAAACAGCAAAUGCUAAGCUUUUCUUUGAAUAAACCCCAAGUUAACUAUCUUACUGCUAAAGAUGUGGGAUUAAUUGCUGAUAAAAAUGCUCAAAAUCUUGUCUUGUCUUACUACCAGCAAAAUCCUUCUUCUACUGUUACUUAUACCAGAAAUUACACUGGUUUUAAUUCUGGGAACUUGAACGGAAGCAUGCAUGGAUCUUUUACAGGAAUCAGAGGACCUUUCACACCAGCUCAAUGGAUUGAGUUAGAACAUCAGGCUAUGAUUUACAAGUAUUUGACUGCAAAUAUUCCAGUUCCAGCUAAUUUGCUUAUUCCAAUUAGAAAAGCUUUAAGCUCUUCUGGGUUUCCUGGCUUCUCUAUUGGAUCUUAUUCUGCCCAUUCAUAUGGAUGGGGACCUUUCCAUCUAGGAUAUUCCGGCAGCACUGAUCCUGAGCCAGGGAGGUGUCGUCGAACAGAUGGAAAGAAAUGGCGGUGCUCAAGGGACGCAGUUCCGGACCAGAAGUAUUGUGAAAGACAUAUAAACAGAGGUCGCCAUCGUUCAAGAAAGCCUGUGGAAGGCCUCACCGGCCAAGCUGCCUCUGGACCCACUAGCACGAAGGUGGUUCCAGCGAUGUCUACUUCUAUGUCAUCGCUGGUAACAUCCAAUGGCGGUGCCUCCAACAGUGUCACUAUAGCACAUCAGCAUCAAAUCAAAGGCUUACAGCCAACUGGUGCCACCAAUGCUUCUGCUGACUCUAUUAACCGCUUCCAUGAUGAGCAGGGAAUCUCGGUGAUGCCUACUACCAUGAAUUUGAAAACCAAUGACAGCCAAUUUUCCGUUGCGAAACAACAUAUCCCCUUGGAUGAAUCCUCACAUUCCGAAUUUGGACUUGUUUCUAGUGAUUCACUCCUGAAUCCUACACAGAAGAAUGCCUAUUUGAGCUGUAAAGACUACAAUUCAUCUGUCUUGGAGUUCAAUGCUCAGCAAGCCCAAGACCAAUUCCCACUCCGACAUUUCAUGGACGUCUGGACCAAGGAAAGUGCUAACCGUUCAGGCAUCCCCUGGCCUGAAGACCUAAAAUCCGACUUGACUCAGCUCUCAAUGUCGAUUCCCAUGUCAACUACGGACUUCUCAUCAUCGUCCUCACCCAAUCAAGACAAAAUAAUGGUUUCACCACUGAGGUUGUCCUGUGAGCUUGAGCCGUCUGAAAUGGGUUUGGGGGUCGGAACCAAUGUGAGCGAGACAGGCGUGAAGCAAAAUGCGUGGAUACCCGUCAGAUGGGAAAAUUCAAUGGGAGGACCUUUGGGCGAGGUUCUAAAUAACACAAGCAAUGUAACAUCAACCCUAAAUCUCAAGGGUGAUGAAGGCGAUGGAAGCCCUCAGCUCGGGUCAUCCCCAACCGGAGUCCUGCAACGGUCUACUUUCGUUUCGCUUUCCAAUAGCAGCUCGGCAGGCAGUUUGAGGGGCGAGACUAGAAAAACCCUCGAGGGGGCUAGUCUUUGCGAUGAUAUCCUUGCCUCAGCCGCUCAUGCUAGUCCAACAUUCGUUCCUACAAUGUAACUAACUGUCCGAAGAGCGAUCUUUGCAAGGUACGAGGAAAAUGAAAGGGGGAUUCAAUUAUGCGAUAUUAAUUUCUUGAUAUUAUGGAAAAAUUCGUUUCGAAAGCAGUCUUUUUGCGGCCUGUUUAAGACACGCUUCUCUGUUUUUUAAAUUAAAGACGGACUUAGAACAGAUGUUGAUAACUCGACCCUUUUAAAUGGUUUCGAGUGUAUUGUGUUUCUGUAACUGUAUGUAUCAAUGAUCAUUUGCAUCUCCUUCUCUUGGAUUUUAGAGAACUCAUCCAAACUUACAAAAAUUUUAGUAGACAAAAAGUUGGAUCAGAUUAAGCAAAUGCAUCUUGACUUGUACACUUUUUUUCAAUGUAUUGGAAGAAGGCAGCUUGUUAAUCUGAUGAGUUCAGUAGUAAAUUGUGACUAGUAGUGUAUGGGGGUACUCUGUAUAUUUGAGGCACCAACUUCUGUACUAGUCUAGCUUUUAGCAUAGUUUGUCAUUUAGCUAGCUCUCUGCCUUCCCCUACUGUACUAGUUUUUUAAAUAAACCUGAUAAUUUGAUUUUUAUCCAAUAUUAAUUUUAUAUGACUUAAAAUGAAUUUAAAUUAUGUAAAAAUCAAUAAGGAUAUAAGACUUGAUUUUAAAU